AUGAAGUGGAGCGUGCGGGGAGCCUGCGCCGCGCUCUCCAGCUGCCUCCUGCUCGCCUGCGCCCUCAGCGCCGCCGCCGUGGGCCUCAAGUGCUUCUCGCUGGGCUCCGAGCUCAAGGGCGAGCCCUUCCGCCUGGGCACCGCCGCCGGCGCCUUCUACUCGGGGCUGCUGCUGGCCGCCGGCCUCUCGCUGCUCGCCGCCGCGCUGCUCUGCUGCCGCCCGCCCGACGAGGCGCCCGCGGCGCCCGCCCCGGCCCCGGCCCCGGCCUCGGCCCUGGCCCCGGCCGGGGACCCGGACCCGGCGGGCGGCGGCCCCGGCGGGGGUGAGGCGGCGGCCGCGCCGUCGGGGCCGGUGGAGAAGGCGCCGCCCGGGGGGCGGCAGAACUUCCUGCUGCUGGGGGUGCUGGUGUUCAUGCUGGGCGUGCUGAGCGCCUUCGCCGGCGCCGUCAUCGACGGCGACACCGUGUCGCUGGUGGAGAGGAAGUACUCGCACUACUGCCUGCUGCAGCCCGGCGGCGCGGCCCGCCCGCGGAGCGGCCCCGCAGCCCCCGACGGCUCCGCCGCGGCGCUCCGCUGCCAGAAGCUGCGGGACUACCAGCGCGGCUUGGUGCUCUCCACCGUCUUCAACGCGCUGGAGUGCCUCCUGGGCCUGCUCAACCUGCUCCUCGUCAAGAACUACAAGGCCUCGCAGCAGCGCGGGCGGCGGCGGCGGCGGCGGCGAGCGGCCCCGGCGGCGGCGGCGGCGGCGGCGGUCGGGCGGCGGCGGCGGCGGCGGGGCGGUGGCGGCGGGCGGCGGGCGCCGCGCCACAGCCAGGGCUCGCUCUUCUCCGGCGGCGAGCCGGAGCUCAGCCCCGGGGAUUGCCCCUUCCAGGCGGUCUCCUACAUCAACGUGGGCGUCUUCCACGUCUUCGACGAGGCCGGCGUGGAAGUGCACUGCGGCGGGCAUCCCUCCGUCGAGCUGCCCGGCUACUCGCCCGUGGACCCCGAGCUCAACGCCUCCUACCCCUACUGCUACCCGCUGCCCAGCGAGCAGCCCCCCGCCUACGAGGAGAUCUACCCUGGGGAGCCCUGCGCUCGCGGCACCUAG